GGAAGUACAUCUUCAUAGAUACAAGAACAUGGAACUGAUCAACUGGUGAUGUGUUUGUAGAAGAUUUUAAAAUGCAAUCUGAGGACAUUAGGUGAUGAUUGACAUAAAAGAGGAGUGGGACUUUUUUAUACUCUAAGAAGAUUAGAGGUCUAAUCCAAGAGAAGACGGAACAGACCAAUGCUCUGGUCUUCCGCCGAACCCCAGCAAAGACUUGUUUUUUUCCAUUUGUUCUACUUUUUCAAACAGUCUCCCGUUAUUCCCGGCCUCGACCCGUCAUCGCGAUGAGGUAGACGGCUUUGAGACGCCGCAAUGUCCUGGCGGCCCAGCCCCGCCCUGACAUAGAUCAUCUGAGGCGAAUCAAAUCAAGCGAGGCCAAAGGAUUGACUUUCCACAGAGCUGAGGCGAGAGUGGCAACGUCUGAGCUCUGCAGCUUGAUGAGACUUAUUUGACUCACCUGGCAGGCUCUGCUAUGACUGUAGAAAUCACCCCAAGUGAAGACUCCUAUGUCUGUCCAUGAAAAGUCAAGCGGUGGUGCUCUGAUGGAGUUCCUCCGAGCUCCCAGGGCAAAGUACACCAUCAUCGGAGAGGCCAUACGCUACGUUCUACCGGCAGAAAUGCAAUGUUCUAUUGGCUGUGGAGGCCGGCUCUGCAAGUACGACAACCCAGACUACUGGCGUGAAGACCAGCAGGCUAUUCAAGGCCUCUACUCUUCAUGGGUGACGGAUCAUCUCCUUGCUAUGUCCAGACCUUCAACUGAGAUCAUUGAAAAGUACAACAUCAUCGAGCAAUUCAGAAGGCACGGCAUCAAAACGGUGAUCAACCUGCAGAUACCAGGUGAACAUGCCAGCUGUGGCAAUCCUCUGGAGCCAGAAAGCGGCUUCUCCUACAAGCCAGAGGCCUUCAUGAGAAACAACAUUUAUUUCUACAACUUUGGCUGGAGUGACUACGGAGUGGCCAACCUGACCACGGUGCUGGACAUGGUGAAGGUGAUGGCCUUCGCACUGCAGGAGGGGAAGGUUUCUGUGCACUGUCACGCUGGUCUGGGAAGAACAGGUAUGCUCUUGGCAUGUUUCCUGGCCUACACCACCAGGAUGACAGCCAACCAGGCUAUCUUGUACGUGAGGGCUAAACGGCCAGGUUCCAUUCAGACGCGGGGUCAGCUGAGCUGCGUACGAGAUUUUGUGCGGUUCCUCUGUCCUUUGAGAUGCGUGUUUUCCUGUGCUGCGCCUCGAUCAGAACCCAUCACCUUGACCCAGUACCUGAACCGCCAGAGACACAUCCUGCAUGGCCUUGAGCGUAAAGAACUGAGGCACCUACCAAAGAUUGUCCAACUGGUGUCCCGCCUGCUGUUGGAUAUUGCAGAGAAUCGCCAAGUGAUUGAGGAGGACAUUCUGGAGGCACCAGACAUCCAUGAUAUUGAGAUGACAAUGAGCAUCAUUGAAAAACUUGGACCAGAGUUUUGCACCAAGGAGCCUCGUCUGCCAGGUUCCCCGACCUUACCCAGACAUUUUAAUGAGCCCGCCAUCUUCUACCAUCGUAAAAGUCUGAGUUACAGUGAGUCCGAUCUGAGACGCCUGGGCUCGCAGCUAAACCUCCUCACGCAGCCUUUGGGCGCGCUCUCACAGGGAAAUCUGGCCAGGUCCGUUUCCCCUUCAGAGUCCUUUAAGCCUACAGCUCAUUGGAACUGUAAUACAUCAGACAUCUCUAACAGCUCCACCGGAUCACUCUGGCAGGUCAAGAACGACAAAAGGGACGGGUCCAUUUUGUUGAAGAAAGUCAAGCAAAAACCGAUGCAACGCAGCGAGUCCUUCGGAAACAACGGUCAUCUCCAGAAAGGUAGCAGGCUGUCCCGGUUGAAGGAAGAGCAGAGGGAAGAGUUGGCGGGAAAUGGGAAGAAGUCCUGUUGGAAAGAGGAGGAGCAGUCAGAGGUGCCUUUCAUUACCCUGCAGACCGAGUUGUCUCUGGACGCCCGGAGGUUGCUGGUGGCACAGGCCCUGGCAGUCGAUCUUUUCCUGGACGGAGAUGAGGAGCACAGGAACCAAGUCUUAGCCUGGCAGGCAGAGUUGAACCAAGGAGGUGCGUGGGAGAGGUUGUGUAUGGAGCGAGAUCCUUUCAUCCUCACAGGUCUGAUGUGGGCGUGGCUAGAGCAGCUUCAACAACCUAUCAUCUGCCUCCAGGACACAGAGCGCCUCGACGCUGAAAACGCCGACGCUCACACUGUUCUCGACACACUUGAGCAGGCCCCCAGAGAGACCCUCAUGUGCAUCUUGGACUGCAUGGCUCACCUGCUGAGCGUACCUGAGCAGGUGGAGCUUGCCUUCUUGAAGCGUACGAUCAAAGCGUUCACCUGGAUGGACCACAACGAAGGUGACGUUUACAAGUCCAUGACCGCGGUCCUCAGGUGUGUCCUGGAGGACAGGAGAUCCACAGCCAGCAACGAAGAAGAGCCACCCAAGACCUUUUCCUAGUGUCAAUAUUAUUUAUCGACGUGCCUUUUCGGAAAAAUAUACAAAAAUGAUCACUUUUCAUGUUCUGCCUUAAUUUUGCAAGAUUAAAAUGAAUACCGGUUCUCCUGGAAGGUUAGGAGCAGGGCAAAAGUGCCAAGGAGUGUGUCGACCUCGAAACCAAGCGUGGUCCGACCGAGUGUUGCUGAGCAAUAAGCACAUAAACGUAAGUACUUGCACUCUGAUUGAUUGAUUGAUUGAUUGAUUGAUUGAUUGAAGUACUUGCACUCUGCCAUCUGAGCCACGCCUCCCCAUGAAAGUUUUUAUUUUGCAACAUAAAUCCAGUCGAUUUACAUAAAUGUAAGCAAUUGCACUCUACCAUCUGAGCCACGCCUCCCCAUGAAUGCUUUUAUUUUGCCACAUAAAUCCAAUAUAUAUGUAAAUAUACAUGUAUAUGUAUACAUACACACAUAUAUACACAUUUCAUACAUACAUAUAUACAAACCCCGUUUCCAUAUGAGUUGGGAAAUUGUGUUAGAUGUACAUAUAAA